CGCGCGUAUUCGAACGCCUCGCGCGUCGAAUUCCUGAAGUGAACGCCGGUAGCUGUGGUAGCCCGCCGAUCUAGGGGGCAAGAAUCUCAUUGGACGACCCGAUUUUCGUGACGAAAGAGGGGUCGUUUCGCGGACGACUUGCAGAACAUCACGUCGUAUUCGGCCCUGGGCCCUGCGGACUCCGGCAUGGGCGAUGAGUGGUGCUCUGAUGCCAAGCACUCCACAAGCUGGGCUGAAACUUCGGCAUGCCGUAAGGGCUUCUCAUCUGUGGUGGAGCCGCUACACUCACUCUCCUCUUACAAUGCCUUGUUGGGGUGCCACCAGAGGACUCCACUCAAUCAAGCGCAGCAGCAAGGUGAAGUUGGUGGAGGUCCAUGGUGGCUGUCGGAGCCAAAUACAGGGCUGCUGCCACCUCCCGACGGUCACCACUACACUCCACCAGGUGCUAACAACAAUUGCGGCGGUGGUGAUCAAUUCUACUCUCCUUGGAACCAGCCCAGUCCAUGCCAGCGCCCGGGCCACAUGACUACAACUAAUGGCAUCACACAGUUUGGGCGACAGCUGUCGGUGGGCGACGGCAUGUCGUGCGUGGGGAGGCCCCCCUCGGAAGGGGUUGUGGCGCUCGAUGACAUGGUGGCACGCCUGGUGGAUGAUGACCAGGUAAUGCCUCAGCAUCAGCAACAGAUGGCACGGGGCCUGCUCACCACAAGGCAUAGCAAUGGUGCUGGUGGAGGAGGACAGUAUGGAGCCUCCACCGGACACGGAUUCUCCUUGGCCGGCCUUGGCACUGGCAGCCUCUCCUGCAGCAGAGAAGGUGGCAACAGCGCAAGCAACCCAGACUUCAGCUCUCUGGCCUUGGCUUGUGCCUCGGAAGCAUUCGCCCAAGAUGCCCUGGGCUAUCUCAGUAGCCUUGGAUCAGGAGGGCACCACUCCAACAUUAGCAAUUCGAGCCAGCAUCAGCAGGCUUCCCUACUGAACACCGAGGAGUGCCAACCUCUGCAAAGCAGCGAUUCUCUGGGGCCUGCUUGGGCAACAGCCACGCCUGGUGUGAAGUUGCCACUGCCUCCACUCAACCACCAAGGCAUGCACAGCUCAGACCUCGAGCCACCUUGUGGAAGCUAUAGCCACGCGCAGUCAUUGCAGCAGCACAAUGUGCCACUCGACCUGAGCCCACGGGGAAUUGGGGGUGGCCCUGCAAGCUGCGGCGGCCUGACAACAGCCACGGUCCAUGAGUUGCGGCAACGGCAGCAGCUUCUGCAACACCUGCUAGCCACGGGAGGCUACCCCACCCUGCAGCAGCACAUGGCUGCCAUGGCAGCUGCAGCCAGGGAGCAGCAGUUUGGCUACUCACCGCCGGCUACGACUGACUCUCGCGUGGCACCUGGCUGCGGGGCUCGCCCCACACCAGGACUACUCCGGCCAAACGGCAGUGGUGGCAGUGGCUUGUGGAACGGCUACAGCUGCAGUGGCAGCAAUGGCCCGUAUGAGCCAGCAGGCCUCACCAAUGGCCUAGGCGUUGGAGGGACUGGCUGGUCGGUGCCACCAAGUGCCGAGCGGCCCACCGAUGUGCCAGCUAGCUAUCACAACUUUCCACGCAACCUAAGCAGCACGAGUGGAGCGGCUCGACACCACUCGCGCCACCCACCGCCACCGUGCUGGCCUCCCGCCGAGCAUCCCUCCUCGUUGGGAUGGCCUUGUGGAAACAACAACAUGGCUGCCUGGGAACAACUGACUGCCUCUAGGGGGCGCCUGCUGACGACCCUGCCUGCCGCGGCAGCCGUCGCUGCUGCACAGCAGGCCGGCUGCUUCGGACCCAGGCUACUACGGCGCAGCGGCCCUUCCAACGAGCUACACCUGCAUCUGGAGAUGUGCUAUGACCAGUUUCACAGCCUCGAGAAGGAGCGCAAGAAAACGGAAGCGGAGCUGGCCCGGCAAAAUCCUGGAAAGCGUGUGUCUAGUGCCAACAACAUCCCCGUACCGAGGCUUCCCCCGAAUCCAUCUCGUGUGGAUCGCCUUAUUGUCGACCAGCUUCGAGAACAUGCUAAGGUGCUGACUCUGGUGGCCAAGAUGGAGCAGUUGCGAGGCGCAGAAGUCCACCCUGAUGUACAUGCCAGCAUGGAGCACUGGCUAGAGGCCCUGCGAGGUGUACAGACUUGUAGGCGUGACGAGAUGAUACAUCAGGCGCACCGACAUCACCGCCAGCUACUUAACCCGCCUGCCCGCCUCCAAGAAGAUGCUGAUGUGCUUGCCCUGGCACACAGCAUCCGACAGCUGAGCCAGGCAUCACGCCGUGCCCGCACAGCCCUGUGGUGCGCCCUUAUCACUACGCUGCUCGUUCCCCCAAAUCCGACACCACUGCCUGCGACCAUUCCUUCCUCUUCCACCUAGUCGGCUUGCCUACUUUGUCUUUCCUCCUUCCAUCACGUGGAAGAGGCCGCUGUUGGUGCUGUUGCAGUUGUGUCAGGUGUUGUUUGUCAAGGUGUAGCCGGUUUUCUUGUGGUAUCCCGGGGGGGAAGGGGGGGGGGUAGUGCACACCACGGUUAGAGUGAAUGGAAGAAAGAUUUGAACAAACCUGGCAGGCUUGUUUGCAAGGUAACCAAAGGUUGGAUGCAAGCGAGCCCGAAGGCAAAUGUUGGCACGAUCAGGAGAAGCGUACGCUUAAGGCAGAAAAGCAGUGCUUGUUUCUGUAAAUUACAGCACACUCGUGCGUGCCCACAAGCCAAAACGAAGUCUUCCGAAAGGCAUGUAAUGGUCACCUUAGGCCUUAGCAUGCGUAAUACAAAAAGAAAAAAAAAGAAGCAAUUUGGUACACUCUAAACAGGCUAGCAGUGUAUUCAAAGACUGUUAAGGUAAUCUUGUUUGACGAUUCUGUACUUAGAAAUUUCCACUGCUCUUUGCUAUAUGUGCCUCAUUUUUUGGGCACUUGUUACUGUUUGAACAUUGGCAAAAUUUAAUAGCGAAGCUAAGCACGUUGCCAGGAAAGCAAUAGGCUCUAAAGCACUAAAGGGUGUGAGCAGACGGUUGACUGUGUUGCGAGACUUCUUGCACUCGCCCAUUGUUCUCUGCCAACACUGCGGACUGCUGUUGCUACUAUUGGCUGUACCAGUCAAAAGUUGACAUGCAUUUCUUCUGGACUGGUAAAGGCAAUACUGGCCAGAACUGCUGCUCUUUAAGUGAAUGUAGAGAGGUGCUGGCUACUUUAAAAACACAUGAUGCCAUUCAGCGAGCUCAGUAAUGCAGUUAGUGUGAUGUGGUGCAGCAUAUCUCGCUGAUGAAAUGAAUUCUUCCAUUGACUCAUGCAGCUGCUGCUUUCCCCCAUCAAGUUAUGUGCUCAGUACCUACAAUAUGCCUGUCGUUUAAUUCCAGCACUAAUACAAUAAUACUGCUAAUAAUAAUAUUGCCAAAAGUAAAAAAGUUAAAAAGGAAGUUUGGUUUCCUUUCAAUAGAACUUUUGCCACUGUCAUAAUUACUCGACUUGUAUUUGUUGGUCGAUGAGUGCUUGGACAGCUGUGGUCAGCAUUGGCUAACACUUUGUCACUCUGUCAAAGCACUUUGUGUUACCAUUUUUUUUUUAUGUCUGUACAAGGUGCACUGUCAAAUUGUCCUAAAUUCGUGGCUGCUGGCAACCAAAGGCAUAUGUGAGCCAGCUUCCAAGCUUAGCAAAAAAAAAAAAAAGGAAGAACCUUUCUCUCUUUGGUGGGCAAAAGCAUUUGCAGUUUUCAUUGGUGCACAGUACACCUGGGCAUCUUGUAGGCACUCGAGCAGGAAGCAUUUAUUCGAGUGUGCCUCUCUAUGUGAGCAAGUUUGUAUGUGAGCUUGCGGGACUGCUGCGUGAUUGCGCGUGAGCACGGGAGUGCUCUGCUAGAGGCCCAAUGUUUGAAGUUUACCUUUUGUUGUUUCUUUUUUUGACACAAGUGAAGGCAGGCUGUUGAGUCUGCCGAAAAGCUUACGAAGACAGAACACUCUGUGUGGCCCUUGUUUGUGACAGCAACCACUUUAUUGGUUGAGCUACCUUGUUUUUGACUGUAUUGGGAAGCCCAACUGCUAGGUUAGUGUUAACUGUGACUAGCAGGCUACCCUUUGCUAUUUAAGAUAUUGUUUUUCUUUUUCUUUGUUUGUUUGUUUGUUUGUUUGGUGCAGUGGAACACUGCAUGCUUGGCUUGGUUGUGGGUGUGUUUUGGGAACCAUGCAGAUUUCUUGUCUUUUUUCUUUUUUUACUUUUAUGACAAAGAAACUGGAAAAUGAAAUUUAAACGCAGUGCUUUUAGCUUCUGCACGCCGCAUGGACGGUGGAAGUGAAUUUUGCUGUGGAAUCUUCACUCUGUGGGCUUGGGAGUGAGUUGAUUGCCAAAAGAAUGAUGCCACGACCAGUGCAUCGCAUGGGUUCUCUGUGAGGCCUCCAUUUUUCACUUGUUGAUGGGACUCAGGUUGUGAAUGUAGCAGCCCUGCCGGUCGCUCCUUCGACCUGCACACAAUGGCAGCACUGUUUUAAUCUCAGCUUGAAAGUGGCACGCAAUGCAGAGCUUUUCAGUGUAGCAUACUAGCUGUAGCAGAUGCUCGACAUAAGUUGCAAUCUUUUAGCCUCGUUUGAGCAGCAGAAGUUUUCUAAUGUCAGAGCACUAAUUCUCUUCAGUUGCUUAUAGGGCUUCUUUGACUUGGUUUUGCAAACCUUUCUAGUUAUUCGCAAUUUCUGCUUUAUAUCUGUGGUCUUUAAUCUGUACAGUUGAGCAUAUGGCCUGGACCAUCAGUUUUGAGAGCAUGGUUCCAUCAGCUAUGGGAAUGUGUUCAAGGAGAAUUUUCCACUGACACAGCACGAAAUAAAAGUAAAGCGCUAUUAACAUUCCAGUUUGAUUUGUAGCAUAAAUUUCUUGUGGGUAAGUGCCAGCAUGUGUUUAGUUGAAAUCCUCAAAGAAAAUAAUUAGCUGAGAUUGUUUAUGUUUAACCGUAGUCCUGCAAUGUCUACACUGAAGAUGUAACUUGGCAUUCCAGCUGCAAGCAGCUGCUGCAUUUAAGCUGACCAAAAACAGUAGCCAGCUGAACGAUACUCAUGUUGACAAAUUUUGGAUAGACCGGCAUGGUGUUGUAGCUUUUCUUAAUGUUCUGUGUCAAGCCUGCGUGUGCUAGCAUAUUGAUAGUCCUCACUAGAUGAAUUCUAGUCAACUCCAUGAGGAGCUUCCCUCUUUUAAUAUGCCAGCUGUACACAUUGCCUUGCCGCUCCUUUUGUCACCUUGUGCGUUUGUCUGUUAGGCCAUAGGUCAUCAGGCCUAGUGGCUUUGCCUGUUAAAGUUUUUUUGGUGUUUGUCUAAUGAUAUCCUGAGGCUGUUUAGCUUCUUGUUGCUUGUUUUCCUUCCUGUUGGUUGUAUACUUCGCGUCCUACAACUCGGGUCUAGGUUUUUUAGUAUUUCUCUUCCUGUUAUUGUAGUUUUGUGUCCACGCCAUGCAUAUUCCAAACAUUUUCCUCUGCAUAUUUCCACAGGGAUACCUAGAGUCCCUGAUAUAUAUUUUCUUUUUGUCCCUGGUUCAGGGCUGUUCAAGGAGGCACAGUCACUAACCAGCCAAUGAAGUGGCGCUUUGUCGCUAAAAACUUCGGCGCUUGAAUUUAGAAUGAGAAGUGUGAGACGAAAGCAUCUAUACUAGAUGCUGAUACUCGGUCUGCUGCCUAAAGUAAUGUGGCAGAUUUGUUUUUGAUUAUUUGUUUGUCUGUAUGUUUGCCGUUUUGUUUGUUUGUUUUUCGGUUUUGGGUUUGACUAGUCUAAUUUGUUGAGCACUUCUUUUUUGAAUUCAUCACAUGCAACACGAAGCAAUUUCGGUGAUAUUUUUCCUGUUUUGUAAUAUUUAACUGUUUAUCUACAGAAAUCAGUGCCCUUGAGCUUGGUUGAGACAUGGAGACUUUCUCUGACAUUUCGUACUGAGUAACGAAAACAAAAAAUGCUGUCAACAGCAUAUUAGCUUUGGGUGUGCCUUUUAGCUUUUAAUUCCUUGCAGCUUGCGCCACCAGCAACAGGGCUUGACCUUCGACAAGCCUCGUCAUGUGCUUCAAGGUGUGGUUGAAAUUGUUUCUAGUCUAUAGAGCCGAAGAUAUUUUGCACGAAAGCUUAGAUUUUCUUAUCUGUGUCCCAGCGCCACAUUGUGGCCCAAUCUCAACAAAUGCAGAGCACAGAGCCUUGGCUGUCUGUAUGUAUAAGUGAGGUUUUCAUAGGGUAGAAAUCAGUCUGCCUAGUAUUCUAGUCAGAACUAGACAGAGCACCACAGGAAUGAGUGAAGUUGUUCAUUCUGCGAGGUCACACAGAUGCAAGAAGUACGCCUAGCUGUUGUGAUGAAUGUAUUUGGGUGUUUUCCACAAGCAUGUCGCCGGGAUUGUUCCUAUUCGCUUUUACCUCUUUUCACUCUAGAUGCGUGCAAUAAGCUGUGUGUAAGUGUCGUCCGUGCAAGCUCGGUUGGUGUUAAGUGCAGAUUGUUGUUGUCUUGUACCGCUGUUCAAAGGUUCUGGUACGCAUUUGCUAGAUGGUGUGCGCGUCAAAUGGCAUUUAGUGCAAACCGCGUGGGGAUCACUUUGUCCAUGGUAAACCAUUUGCCGAAAUAAUAUUGCUUCACUAUUUUGUAACUGUGGUUGGCAAUGAUGGGUAUAAUGCGUGUUUCACUUCUGGAGACAAAUUGACAUUGAAAUGGAAGGCUGGUUCAUUUUUCGUGCAGUAUGGUUCCAUGCUGGUGAUCCUUGCAUUUCCACUUUAAUUUCUGAAAUGUAUUGCCUGGUUUUGCAGACGACUAUCAAGUAAAGAAUAGAAAAACAAGAAAGUAAUAAAGCGCCAUGGUCUUAAUAUACGAAGCUCAUACUAUCAGUACCGUAAAUUUGGAGCAAGCGUACACAACAGGCAUCAAAAUGAGCACACGUCUCUCCAGUUCUACCAAAAUAUAAAAAUUGUAUUCUAUGCACCGUGGAACACCACUAGGGCAUCAAAAGAACAUAGGCAGCGCCCAUCAGGAGACUUUGUUGAAGCACGGGCAGCAAUUGUGGGGGGAAAAAGGACCAUUUCUUAAAACACACAUUCGUAUGCGGUACUUUGCAGUGCAACGGCAUUGCAAGAUUUCACAAUACAGUUCAGAAUCAGAACUCUCCAGUCUUAACUCUGAUGUUGCUGUUUUUUUCUGGUGUUAAUAACCUGCUUUUAGUCCCUGGUAUGACAGUUCACUGUCAGUUCACUCGCCUGUAUCUUAUUUGCUUUUUUUUCCCUCAGAUGUCGCUAGUGAGAAAACAGCCAUAGUAUUUAUUUCUCUCUCUCUCUCCUCUUCUUUCUUUUUCAUUAUCUUGCACUAUUCUGGUCACUACUGAUGCUCAUAGGACGACCACAUGUUCACUACUGCAACUGCAUGCGGCUGUUUCAUCGUUCAUUCCAGUCUUCUUGCAGAUAAGGAUGGCACGUCUCCGCUCGGCAUCUGUAAUGCUCAUCUUGUCCGUAGUAUCGAGUCCUUCUGCAGGAAAGAUGUGAGCUUAGCUAGGUGCGCUAGCAUGAUCUCUUAGGUGUUGUGUUGCUGAACCUCGUGGGUCUUUUUGUCGAUGGUUAUCAGCUAGUUUUCAUUGGCUGCAGUCUGACAUUUGCAUGGCUAGACUUGUGCACUUGUUGUGACAAAUAGUCGAGUCUCCAGAGUAACUAUAGAAGAGGAAAAAGAUAGACAUGCAAGGUUAUACUUAGUCACGCAGCCAAAUGUCUAGAGGGCAAGGGGGAAACGCUUUGUAAUGCAUGUUUAUCCUGCCAUCGAAACGACUCAGCGGUAGACCACUUUCCUAGAUGUAAACCAAGUAUUUUCGGUGUUUUGACUCUACGUACUGCUACUGGCCCGUUUAAUAAGAUCAUGAUGAUGACACUAAUAACAACAAGAUAUAUAUUAUAUAUACAAUAUAUAUAUACACGCAUAUAUAUAUAUUGCCGUAUACACAUUCAAGCGUACUAUUACUCGAUAGUGGAAUUCAGUCAGUGAAAGUGCCUCAAUAAUUUUAUAGCUUUUACAAGGAGAGCUCGACAGCACUGUAAAGUGACAGCAGAGCUGGUCCGGGUGUCUCUGCCAACCCCUUGCAUGGUCGCUAGAUAUCUCCGCUAGAGCUGCUUAAUUGUUGUCGUUGUUGUCUGAAGGUCUCCACACUGGCGGGUUAAUAGUUUGGACAAACUGCUGAUGUCUGGUGCUGUUUUUUCUCAAACUCUUGUCUGUACCCUGUUGGCUACUGCACUGAAUAAGUUUUCUUUGCUGCUUUUGCAAGCUUUUUCAGGCAAGUCAGUCCCAAAGCGGUGUCAAAGGUCCUCAGUGGAGCUCUGUGGGUUUCUCCAAAGCUUACACUCUUCUGCUUUGCAUACACAGAUAAAUUCUUCCAGUGGUGUAACUGAAGAUUAUAUUUAGCCUUUUGUGCACAGACUUUUGUGCACUGGCCUUUAGCACUUAAUGGAUUUGGAAGCAAGUUUGGCCUUACAUAGUUUUAUGACCCAGGAUUUUUUUUUUUAAUUUGGGGAAAUUCAAAUGCAGGAACCUGGAAAGCUAUAAAGUUAUGUAGAUUAGCAGUGCUUCGCAGAGGUAGAUGCUGGACAUGUUGGAUAGGGUUCACAAUGUCUACAUGGUAGAGCAGAUGAAGUAUGCAUAAAUACAAAGAAGAGUGUCAUGGCACCUGUCUGGUCUUUGCCAUUCUAUGUCCUCUGUCUAUUGAGCUGUCUCACUAUCACCUCACGCUGAGGACUUUGACUGAGCCAUGUCAUUUACUCUUAGUGCUGGAGCUUCAUUGUAAAGCAUGGACACAUUGACACGCUGAACUAACCGAGACGUGUUGGAUGGGGCUAUACUUAAAGGGAAGUGUAUUUCAGUUGUCGGUGCCUCCAACGUGUCUACACAAUUGUUUGUCAUAUCACUAAGCGAAUAUCAUAACUGCCAAAGUCAAGUACCAGCAGUUUUGGCCACCAGACUGCAAAGCAGUAGCAUGCAGUGCAAGUUUGUAUCUGCAAGUAACCCACCUGAACAGAUGAUGGCACAAAAUGGUUAGCAAAGUGUCAUUCCUGUUUAACUAUCUUGUCUGCAGAAAAGACUACAUUAGCUUUGCUGCCUGUGGCGUGCAUUCAUUGAAGAAUGUAGCAGGUAUAACGCUCUGUUUUUCUUUCUUCAGUUUGCCACCAUGAUUUUAUAUGGUGGUGACGGAGCAAAAACUUCAAGGACUGUAUGUAAAUGUUGACGCAUUUAGGAGGUGUGGGAUCUUUAAUGUUGCUUAUAGUGUAAAAAUUAUUAAAAUAGACUCCAGUUCGGUUGUAUAGAACAUAACUGCUAUCGUUGGGGCCAGCACCUACUUUUGUUGUGCUUGUGGGUUUGUGUAAGAUAUUUUCUGUUCUUCCAUGUACUGAAUAUUUCCAAAACAAUUCUUGGCCAGGCACCACAAUUCUUUAUUGAAUGCUGCCGUGGCAACGAUACUCAGGGAGAAUGUCUUCUGAUUGGCUUUACGGCAAAGUCCACAGCAGGCAGCUGUCUAAAAGGCACCUGAAUUCAGAGAGAAGCCUGUGUUUCCUCUAUCAAGCUUUGGUAAAGCACAUCACCUGUUGAACAUGCGCACGUGCAAGCACGACUGCACACAGCAAUAUUGUUGAUUAGUUAUGCAGUUACUUCCCAAGGUGGAGCAAACACUGCAAACCAUUUGAAAGCUUUGAACACAGUGCAGUAGCCAAUAACCAGCCCAUGACUACAAGUCUAUUUUCUCUGUGUGCACUCGGAACUAGUGCACUGUCUUCUUCAAACAGCUGCUGUUUGGGCAGCAUGCCGCUCUGAGCGAGAUUGCACUUUUUGGACACACACAGUUCCCUUGGCUGUGCAUGGCAGGCUGUCUCUUGCAGUGCCCUUAGAAGCUUCACAUCAAGAGACUCGGUGGUUAGCAAUGUUUAAUAAGGCAUGUUAAAUGUGACUCUGAACUUGGUUAUUUCGCAAUUGUUUUGUAAUGGCAGUAUUCGGUGGGUGCUGAUGGCAAGGUGCAGCUUUGUAGUUCCAGCUUUGAAGUGUGCCCCGCACCUCCACCAAAUUACAAGGGUACUUAUUUACACGGUGUUGCAAGGCCACACAAAAACAAAUCAAGCGCACGAACGUGACCUGAUGUCUCAAGGCGCAGAGCUGCUGACUUUGUCUUCUUCAGUGUCCACCAAAUAUUGUCCUUGUUCUUCAUUACAUUUUUAAAAUCUGAUGAAUUUGUUUGUACUCGGGAAUUUCAUGCAUGAUUGUGGUGUAUUAUGCCCACAAGCUGCAACGCUUGCCUGGUUCAUUCUGCCGAUGCAGUCAAGUGCUUUAUAAACAAAGAUUCAGGUAGUGGAAGCGGCUGCAUCAACAUGACCACUUCUUGAGAGUUGCACAGUUGAGGCAACUUUUGAAGAUGGUCUGUGCACUGCUGUCUAUUAUCUGCCGAGACUAAUAAAUGUUUAGCAGGUAGAUCAAGCAAACAAUGUGGCUUGUGCUGCUAGACAAAAUGUACUAUGUGACAAUUGUUUCAGAUUUGAAUGUAGAUGUGGUGCCAGCUCAAAUAUUCUUUUUUUCCCUGAUGAUAAUUAUUGUUUGCUGUGUACUCUGCCUCAUUGACAUGUAACAUACGUUUCCAAGCUUCUUGAAACUUUAUUUGCUUUGAAGUAUGUAGUUUCAACCUAUGACAAUUGCAUAGCGCUGUUUGGUGUUUUUUUUUUUAGAAAAGAUUUGGUCUUUUGACAGGUGAUACGUCACCGUGGUUGUGAGUUACUGGAGACUUCACAAUAGGUCUUUGGCAGUAUUUGCAGAGUGCACUAGCAUACGGAGCUGGCAGAACUACUUUUAGUUUGAUGUCCUUGUGCGUCAGCUGUGAAGCAAUUAACAAUCUGUGCUAUCAUUAAAGCUGGUUGCUAUGUUAGUACAGUGGGCAGCCUCAGUCAUGAGGCCACAGACAUGUACAAACGAGAGUACUUCUUGUAACUGUCACGCCUUACUGAUCCUCUUUUAUGCUGAAAGCAAAAAUGCAGCUUCUAUUUGGGUUCAUGUAUUAUGUUGCUUGAAUAUAUGUGCCGGCAUUAUGCCUCUGCUCUGUGGAAAGGAGGCUGCUUAUCAGCAUUGGCAUUUUCAGAUGUUUUUCGUUGGAACACAUGCAACUGCAUGAAAAUGUGUACCGGUGAACUGUAAGAUGAAGUGUACGAACUCCACCACCAGUUGAACUCUGUCAUGCCUGAUAAGUGAACAGUGAAACUUGCACUCGCAUGCCAACUUCUGGUGCAAUGCCAAGACACGGUGAAGUCCAAACAAAAUAAGGUUCCGACCACACAUAUGCCAGUGGCCAGACAUAUCAGAGCGGGGUGCUCAUGCAUGUGCUAUCGAUAUUGUGAUACUUACAUCUCGCUGUGGUGCCAGUAUGUGUUUCCGUGUUUAUGUGUGAACGAAGUGUGCUUGUCUCAUGUGCCCCUACACUGAUAGUGCAAUGCAUAAGCUACGUUGUGCACAACUGUUACGUGUUGCAUGAGGAGCGCAGCAGUGCAGAUAAGAAGUCGUACAAUCAUUGCUGCAAAGACACAGAUAUCUUGGAAGCACAGAAGGGGUUGUGUAAGUGAAUGCUCUCCAAAAUUGGCAGCAUUGUCAGUUGUUUCUAGAGAUAAAAAACUUGAAGGUCCUGUGAAAUCAAAUGUGAAACUUGUCAUAUACUGCCAUCUAUACUCUCACCUUUUCACCCAUGGUUCAGCCUUCAGCGAAAUGCCAAGAAAAGAGAAUGUGGUUGAUCUGAUGUGUACAAAUUUCAUCAAAUGUAUGCAGGCCAGUUGGCAUGUGAUAAGAACUGUUGCUGAGCCCUGUGCCAUGCCUUGAGCUCCAAAAGUGAAUGGUGAAGAUGGGGAGAAUUGUCCUUUCACCAGAGGGUUGGAGCACAGGCAUGUGGCAGGAGACCUAGUAAAUUUUGAAGAAAGUGACCUGCGUACAUUUGCAGAAGGUGUUGGUAUCUAUCCCUGCUAGAUACCAACACCUUUGUUGGUAUCUGAUGUUGGGUGAGUUGUUGGUAUCAGCACCACUCAAAUUUGUGAACAAGUGCUUGUUCCACUUUCAAAUUCUGCCUCGGGUGUCGUGAGUCUUGUCUAGGUUCUGUAGCCCACAUACACAUUGUAAACAUUGCGCAUCAUAUCCAAUUUAAAAAAACAAAAUCCUGCUGUGUAGAGCAGAAGACUGGGGGUUCCACAGCACGGGCCUGUAAUUUUUAUUCCAACCGAGACGACGUAUUGUAUGCACUGCUGUGCUGCUCAACUGUUUCGGGAAUUGCAACACAGUAUCAGACGACAGCGUGCAUUUUAUAGGAAGGUCUACACCUUCCCGCCGAGUACUGGUGUCUGGGCCACAAACAUGCAAUACAAUCAGCACCGCCUUCGUGCGCCCCACUUGCUAUACGUGCACGUCACUCCUCCUCUGUGAACCAUACUUGCAUCGAUCGACGUUGUCUGUUUGCUCUCUCAUCGCCGUUGUUUCUGCAGUGUUUUCCUCUUGGCUGUGCACAUACUCUGGGCCCAACAUCAGGGGUGGGAUCUUGUGUUUGCUCGGUGUGGCAUACCGUGUUUGUUGUUCAUAUACAUGGCGAGAGAGGCCGUGCUCUUGACAUUGCUUUUUUUUUUAUUUCCCUCCCCUUUACCGGCCAGAAUCGGAUGUCUGUAGUUGCUCAACGUUACAUCACUCUCAGUGUGACAUCUUGGCAGUGAUGGCUUAGCUAGUCGUUUUUUUGAAGUGCGUUUUUCUAUUUACAAUAAAGCACUGUUUCAGACUGUACAAAA